AUGUCGCCACCAACCAACGGUAUUCCUGCUUCGUCGGGGGAACAAGAACCACAGCAGGGUAUAGCGGAAAAAUAUAUGAGUUUAAAGCGUCGUUUUGAUCAGUUGGAGGAGGAGAGUAACUCAGGAUCAAAUGGAUCAGGUGAACCCCGUACAGGAAUACGCGAGGAACGAGAGUUUCUUCUCGGGAAGAUGACUGAGCUAGAACAAACGUCUCAAAUUCACCUCAAUACCGUUGUACCCCAAGACUCAAUGUCAACCGGCAACCAAAACACAAACGCGUCUGUUACUGAUCACAAAGCACAAAACGGCCAAAAUCUGUUAUCACCAUCGAGGACGAGCAGGAUGCAAUCUCAGAGACACGCAGAAGGCACAGAGAGCACAAAUGACACGGCCAUGAUGGAUAUGUCUGGCAAUCAGCUCUCAAAUCAAGGAGGGGAUGUACACAUGCAGGAUGGGCAAGCUCAAAAUGUCCAGAACUCUGCGUCUACACAGCGCGAAGCAACAGUCACUUCACCUCGACGAGAAACAAGAUCUACACGGCAGACUCGCAGUUCCAGAAAUGAUGGGACAGUUAUUGCAGCAGUCGCGGCCGCCACCGCAGAAGCAGAGGCUGCAGCUGCUUCACAAGCACAGUCUGUAGGUAGAGCAUCUGUGACUCAGUCCCCACCGACAACCUCAACAUCUCCUUCCUCAACGCUAGCGCACGCCCUUGGCCCAACUCCUAUGCAUUCUACCAAAGACAUGACAUCUGUCAGCCCUCAACCACAUAUGCAACAUACGCCCUCCAUGGAAAGCAUUUUGAAAGUGGCAGAAGCAGCGGUCGCUGCGCAGAACGCCGCUGCCGCGGCUAAUCAGGCUGCGAAGUCCGGCCCUAGUUCAGGCACAGACGCAAAUUUAGACCCAAGUUUAACGUCUGGUACCAAUAAAGCCGGACAAAGCACAUCCAAGGACGCCAAUGGACACAACGCCUUGGCCGCAAAGCCACCUACCGUGAAUACUUCAACAACCCCUUCGAACAAUACUACUCCUAGUAGUUCUACAGCGACCCCGACAAGCGCUACUCCCACUCCAACGUCAAGCCUCAGUAAUAAUCCAUACCUCAGCCUGACUACCAACCUACUGGCACGUACUGGUGGCACUUCGGCUUCGCCAACAGGGCACCCCAUGAUGAUGCCCUACCCGAUGUUUUACCCACCUGGCACACCAGUCACACCGAACAGUCCUUCAUAUCCGAUGGCAUAUAAUCCUUACUAUUACCUUGCUGCACCGAUGGUACCUGGUCCCAGCAAUAUGUACGCUCCACCACCUGCAACCAUACCCUCGCCCUCCCAGCAACGCUCGCCACCGGAGCCCCAGAAACCAGUUAAGGCUAAACGACUAAAAUCGCAUACGGUUACCACCAAAAGUUUCAGUAUUCCGAUGGUACCUCGCGACAAGAAGGGAAAGCCCAUGCUGCCGCUUAAUGUCGGUAUCAUGACUGUCAUUAGUCUGGGUGAUGUAUGUAUGCGCGAGCAUUUCCAUACAGAACGGUAUAUCUUUCCUGUGGGGUAUGAGGUCACACGGCGGUACCUCUCGACAGUUGAUCCUACAAUCGAAGUGGUUUACCAUUGCACCAUUCUGGAUGGGGGCGAUGGACCCAAAUUCCAGAUUAUUCCCUCAGAUAGACCAGACAAACCCAUUAUAGCCGGUACUGCUACAGGUGCUUGGUCAAACAUCGUGAAACAAGCUAACGCCAUCCGUAAUCGUCAACACUCUAACUCGGUAUCAGGCCCAGAUUUCUUCGGCCUUGGUCAGAACACUAUCAAACAUCUUAUCCAGCAGCUACCCAAUGCUGAUCGUUUACGCGACUAUGUAUGGCAAAAUUUCGUCGAGGGAGGGCCUCUUGGUGGAAGACAUGCAGCUGUUAUCCCGGCUCUUCCGGAAGAGUAUGAUGCAUCGAUGCCCAUUGGGGCGUACUACCCCAAAAGGGAUCUUUCAGACCCUAAUGUUCCUAGGGGAUUGUCGCAUUAUCCUCAACACAUAAUCGCCCAGGCAGAAGCACAGAGAGCGCAGAAACUCCUUACGCAGCAGCAGCAACAACAACAACAACAACAAGAUCCAGCCGUUGCGGGGCCAUCGGGAGCUUCUUCAAUAUCUCAGCCACAACAACCACAACAACCUCAGCAACAGCAACAGCAACCACAACAACAGCAAACCUCUCAAGUGCCACAGAUGCCAGCCCAGGUAGACGUUGGUGCUGUAUCCGGAAUCCUGAAUAUCCACGAAUAUCAACCAAUGCAAGCUCAAUCUUCUGGAAAACGAGCCACCAGGAAUGAUGCGACAGCAUCAUCUACGCCAUCGACAACUGGGCGAAACACCAGGGCAGCUGCUCGCGGGAAUCAGCAGCAACAACAACAACAACAAGAGCAACAGCAGCAGCAGCAGCAGCAGCAAGUGCAACUACUAGCCCAACAACACUUCCAACAACAGUUUUUACAGUCUCAGCAGGUUCCGGUCAAUGGUACCGAGGGUUUCCCAAGUCUCGCCGCUGACGGUACGAUGCCGACAACAUUUGCUGGCAUUAUGAACGCAUACCCUGCUCCAGGCGUAUCUUCUACCGCUAAUGGUGUUUCUAAUUCCUCAGUAGCGUCAAGCUAG